AUGGAACCAUUAAAUAUAGGUACUGCAGCGGUCCUAAUGGACAACCAGGGUAAGGCAGAUGCCUUGGACGGCUAUUUUGGUAGUGUACACCGAACGGAUGACAGUUUGCCGGGAACCUUGGAGAUAGAAACAUCCCCGGUAGAAAUUGGGGAGCUUCAGUUAUCGGAAGAGUUAGUGCGGCAGCGCUUGGAGGUCCUAGACGUCCAUGAAGCAGCUGGACCGGAAUAG